AUGCAGCGGCGCGGCGCGGGGCUCGGGUGGCCGCAGCAGCAGCAGCACCAGCACCCCUCGCCGCCCACGGUCGGACCCCGAGCCGCAGCCAUGGUCCCCCCGAGCGGAGGCCGUCCCCCGGGCCUCGGCGGCCGUCCUGCCUGUGCCCUACUCCUGCUCUGCUACCUGAAUUUUGUACCGUCUUUGGGCAGGCCGACUUCCUUAACAACAUCAGUGAUACCCAAAGCUGAGCGGAGUAUGGCUUACAAAGACUUUAUUUAUUUUACGGUCUUUGAAGGCAAUGUUCGUAACGUCUCCGAAGUCUCAGUUGAGUAUUUGUGUUCCCAGUCUUGUGUUGUCAAUUUUGAAGCCGUGGUUUCGUCUGAGUUCAGAAGCAGCAUCCCUGUGUACAAAAAAAGGUGGAAGAAUGAGAAACAUCUUCACACCAGCAGGACACAAAUAGUACAUGUGAGAUUUCCAAGCAUCAUGGUUUACAGAGAUGACUAUUUCAUUAGACACUCCAUCUCUGUGUCCGCGGUGAUCCUGCGCGCCUGGAUUACUCACAAAUACGGUGGUGGAGACUUGAAUGUUAAAUGGGAGGAGAACUUGUUACAUGUUGUAGCAAAGAAUUACACUCUGCUGAAGACAGUCCCGCCUUUUGAACGCCCUUUCAAAGAUCAUCAAGUGUGCCUUGAAUGGAACAUGGAUUAUAUUUGGAACCUUCGGGCAAACAAGAUUCCCCAGUGUCCUUUGGAAACUGAUGUGGUCUCCCUCCUUGACUUCCCUUACGCCUCCAGCGGAGAAAACACGGGCAUCGUGAAGAAGUUUCUGCGGUUUCAGAACCGAGAGCUGGAGGCCACGCGUCGCCAGCGGAUGGAUUACCCAGUGUUUACCAUUUCAUUGUGGCUUUAUUUACUCCGUUAUUGCAAGGCCAAUCUCUGUGGGAUUCUGUAUUUUGUUGAUUCUAAUGAGAUGUAUGGCACACCUUCUGUGUUUCUCACUGAAGAGGGCCACUUGCAUAUUCAGAUGCAUCUUGUCAAAGGAGAAGACCUUGCUGUGAAAACUAAAUUUAUCCUACCUUUGAAGGAGUGGUUUCGGCUGGAUAUCUCUUUCAGUGGAGCCCAGAUAGUGGUGACCACCAGCAUUGGGCAGGAUUUGAAAAGCCACCAUAAUCAGACUAUUAGCUUCCGAGAAGAUUUCCAUUACAAUGACACUGCAGGUUACUUCAUCAUUGGAGGCAGCAGAUAUGUUGCUGGUGUGGAAGGGUUCUUUGGACCCUUGAAGUACUACCGUCUCCGAACUCUGCACCCUGCUCAGAUUUUUAAUCCCUUCCUCGAGAAGCAACUUGCCGAACAAAUCAAAUUAUAUUAUGAAAGGUGUGCUGAGGUUCAAGAAAUCGUGUCUGUGUUUACAUCCAUGGGACAGCCAGGAGGCAGAAGUGAAAGAACAUGUGAGCUUCAGAACACCUACCUGGAUCUCAAACACAGGUACGAGAGCCCCUCGACGUGCAAAACCUUUCCCUGGGAGAAGGACCUGAAAGACAAACAUCCUAGUUUGUUCCAGACCAUGCUGGAGAUGGAUUUGAUGGCUGUGCCAAGAAACUCGAAUGAAUUCAUAGUAGAAAUCGGUGGGAGGAUAUUUGAGAAGGCUGUAAAGAGACUUGCCAGCAUUGAGGGGCUUCACCAAAUUAGCUCUGUCGUUCCCUUUCUGAUGGAUUCCAGCUGCUGUGGAUACCAUAAAGCAUCCUAUUACCUCACCGUCUUUUAUGAAACGGGAUUAAAUGUACCCCGGGACCAGCUACAGGGCAUGUUGUAUAGCUUGGUUGGAGGGCAGGGCAGUGAGAGGUUGUCUUCAAUGAAUCUUGGGUACAAACACUACCAGGGCAUUGACGACUACCCCCUAGACUGGGAGCUGUCCUAUGCUUACUACAGCAACAUUGCCAUGAAGACCCCCCUUGACCAGCAUACACUUCAAGGAGACCAGGCAUAUGUUGAAAUGAUUAGACUGAAAGAUGAUGAAAUACUCAAAGUACAAACCAAAGAAGAUGGAGACGUCUUUAUGUGGUUGAAGCAUGAAGCCACCCGAGGCAACGCAGCAGCUCAGCAACGAUUGGCCCAGAUGCUGUUCUGGGGACAGCAAGGUGUGGCCAAGAACCCGGAGGCAGCGAUUGAGUGGUACGCCAAGGGUGCGCUGGAGACCGAGGACCCUGCGUUAAUAUAUGACUACGCCAUUGUGUUAUUCAAGGGUCAAGGAGUGAAAAAGAACAGACGGCUCGCUUUGGAGCUGAUGAAGAAGGCAGCUUCCAAGGGAUUGCAUCAGGCUGUCAAUGGCCUGGGAUGGUAUUACCACAAAUUCAAGAAAAAUUAUGCCAAGGCCGCAAAGCACUGGCUAAAAGCAGAAGAAAUGGGGAAUCCAGAUGCCUCGUACAAUCUUGGAGUCCUGUAUCUCGACGGCAUUUUCCCAGGCACCCCUGGGAGGAAUCAAACUCUGGCUGGUGAAUAUUUUCAUAAGGCCGCACAAGGUGGGCACAUCGAAGGGACCUUGUGGUGUUCUCUCUACUACAUUACGGGCAACUUGGAGACGUUCCCCAGAGACCCCGAGAAAGCUGUUGUAUGGGCGAAACACGUGGCUGAGAAAAACGGCUACUUGGGUCAUGUCAUUCGCAAAGGCCUCAAUGCCUACCUGGAGGGCUCGUGGCAUGAAGCUUUGCUGUAUUAUGUUUUAGCAGCAGAAACUGGAAUUGAAGUGUCACAGACAAAUUUAGCACACAUCUGUGAGGAGAGGCCAGACCUGGCCAAGAGAUACUUGGGUGUUAAUUGUGUUUGGAGAUACUAUAAUUUCUCUGUUUUUCAAAUCGAUGCGCCUUCAUUUGCGUAUUUGAAAAUGGGAGAUCUUUACUACUACGGCCACGAAAACCAGUCACAAGACCUAGAAUUGUCUGUGCAGAUGUACGCUCAAGCAGCACUGGAUGGAGACUCGCAGGGAUUUUUUAACCUGGCACUGCUAACUGAAGAAGGUGCUAUAAUCCCACACCAUAUAUUGGACUUGCUGGAAAUUAAUGCAACCAUCCACUCUAAGAAUUUCUCCGUCACCCGGGAAUUGUAUGAAAGGUGCUGGAUCCACACGAAUGAGGAGACCUUCAGCCCUUGCUCCCUGGCCUGGUUUUACCUUCACUUGCGGCUUCUCUGGGGCGCCCUCUUGCACUCUGCCCUGAUCUACUUCCUGGGGACCUUCCUGCUGUCCGUAUUGAUUGCCUGGGCUGUGCAGUAUAUUCAGUCUAUUUCAGCCAGCAGGUCAUCUCAGACUCCAGCCCGGACCACCACAGACCCUGCUGCUUCUUCCACUUCAAAUCCAGCUUCAAGUCCAGCUAGAGAUGCCUCGGAUCAGGACCAACCUACAGGCAUGAAUAACCCAGAGCCACAGGGGUGA